GUUGCAUGUCUAGCAUUGCGCCUGCGCAGAAAGGAGUUUCUGGUUUUGUUGAUAUUUUGAAGGAGUUCAUUGUUUUGCUCUUUUUUAGUCUCUAGUUUCUUGCAUUGUUCCAGCCCGCUGACACCGGGGGCUGCGUACACGAUUUCCUCAUGAGGGUCUAAUGGAAAAAACCAAGGAUCCGGCCGAUCGUUCUUCACGUUCUGAGAGAAAGCGCAGAGACUCAUUCGGAAUGUUUGACGGAUAUGAUAGCUGCAGUGAGGAUACCAGCAGCAGUUCCAGCUCGGAUGAGAGUGAAGAGGAGGUUGCUCCCUUGCCAUCCAGUCUGCCCAUUAUCAAAAACAAUGGCCAGGUUUAUACAUACCCAGAUGGCAAAUCAGGAAUGGCAACAUGUGAAAUGUGCGGAAUGGUUGGAGUCAGAGAUGCCUUUUACUCUAAAACAAAGAGGUUCUGCAGUGUCUCAUGCUCGCGGAGUUAUUCCUCAAACUCCAAGAAGGCGAGUAUUCUGGCCAGACUUCAGGGUAAACCACCUACAAAGAAAGCUAAAGUUCUCCAGAAGAAGCCGUUGGUUGCUAAAUUAGCAGCUUAUGCUCAGUAUAAAGCUACUUUGAAGAACCAGUCGGUAAACAAAGCACCUGUCACUGUGGAAGGAUUUAGCUGGGGAAACUAUAUCACAAGCAAUAACGUUAUUGCUGCUCCUGUGACUUGUUUUAGACAUGCACCCAUGGGAAAUUGCUGGGGGGAUAUUGCAGAGGGUGUAAGAAUUGAAGUCCCAAAUACAGACAGCAAUCUUCCUACCAAAGUGUUUUGGAUUUCUGGAAUAGUCAAGCUUGCAGGGUAUAAUGCAUUGCUAAGGUAUGAAGGCUUUGAGAACGAUUCCAGUCUUGACUUCUGGUGUAACAUUUGUGGACCUGACAUUCAUCCAGUUGGCUGGUGUGCAACGAGUGGAAAACCACUGGUCCCACCACAAAGCAUUCAACAUAAAUACACAAACUGGAAAGCUUUUUUAGUGAAACGAUUGACUGGAGCAAAGACUCUCCCACCAGACUUUUCUCAAAAGGUAUCGGAAAAUAUGCAGUAUCCUUUUAAACCUUCCAUGAGGGUAGAAGUAGUCGAUAAAACACACCUUUGUCGGACACGGGUUGCAGUAGUAGAAAGUGUAAUUGGAGGCCGAUUAAGAUUGGUAUAUGAAGAAAGUGAAGACAAAACUGAUGACUUCUGGUGCCACAUGUACAGUCCCCUCAUUCAUCCCAUUGGCUGGUCAAGAAGCAUAGGGCACCGAUUCAAAAGAACUGAUAUCUUAAAAAAACAGGAAUCAAACUAUGAUGCACCAUCUCACCUAUUUAUAAAGGUGAAAGACGUUGAACAAGGCAGCGAGUGGUUUAAAGAAGGGAUGAAACUGGAAGCGAUUGAUCCAUUAAACCUUUCAGCAAUAUGUGUAGCAACAAUCAGAAAGGUGCUAGCAGAGGGAUACCUAAUGAUUGGUAUUGAUGGUUCAGAAGCAGCAGAUGGUUCAGAUUGGUUUUGCUACCAUGCCUCAUCUCCUUCAAUAUUUCCUGUUGGUUUCUGUGAAAUUAACAAAAUAGAACUAACUCCACCAAGAGGCUACACAAAACUACCUUUUAAAUGGUUUGACUACCUCAGGGAAACUGGAUCUAUAGCAGCUCCUGUAAAACUCUUUAACAAGGAUGUUCCUAAUCAUGGGUUUCGUGUUGGUAUGAAGCUUGAGGCUGUAGACCUUAUGGAACCCCGGCUUGUGUGUGUUGCCACAGUGACACGUAUUAUUCAUCGCCUGCUGAGGAUACAUUUUGAUGGCUGGGAAGAUGAGUAUGAUCAGUGGGUAGACUGUGAAUCUCCAGACCUCUAUCCUGUUGGUUGGUGCCAAUUAACAGGAUACCAGUUGCAGCCUCCAGCACCACAAUCAAAUAAAGAUGGCCAGUCAAAUGUCUCAAAACAAAAGAAAAAAUCGAAAUCGCAGCCAUACAAAGGACACAAAAAAAUGACAACACUGCAGCUUAAGGACGAGAUGUUAGAUGGAGACGACUACACAUUUCUUCAAGGAGCCUCUGAUCAGGAAAGUAAUGGAUCUGGCAGCUAUUACAUCAAACAGGAACCAUAAUGCAAUGCUUAAGGAUUUGUGCAUAAAAAUUUUAAAAAAAUUAACUGCUUCAUACAAAAGCUGUAUGAAACCAGAACUUACAAAUGGACUUACAUGCAGGGACACUCUGUGAAGUGCAAAAACAAAAAAAACAACAAAAAAAAAAAGAAAAUAUUUUGGUGAAAAAAAAAAGAUUUUUUUCAAUUUAUUAAAUAACGUUAACAAUUUUGUGUUGUAUUUGAGGUUUUUGAAAAAAAAAAAAAAGAAAUGUUGAUAUUUUCAAA